CCUGCGUAGAACCUCGCCGCUGCGCGCGCCUAAAGCCACGCCCCCCGUGCUGGACCACGCCCUCUGAGGCUCCGCCCUGUCGCCCGGAUCCCACCCUCUGACCACAGGACCCCGAACCCAAAUGAUCCUACAGCAGCCCCUGGAGCGAGGCCCCCCAGGUCGGGCCCAGCGCGACCCACGGGCCGCGUCGGGGACGCCCCGAGGCCAGGACUUGAGGUCCCCAUCAGACUGCUGCUCGUGUGAAUAUCCUAGCCUGCCUCUCUCCCCGUCUCCCCCCAGGGAGCCCCUGCGCAAACAGUUCCUUUCUGAAGAGAACAUGGCCACCCACUUCUCUCGACUCAGCCUACACAAUGACCACCCUUACUGCAGCCCCCGCAUGGCUUUCCCAUCUCUGCCCCCACUAAGGAGCCCUUGCUCUGAGCUGCUUCUCUGGCGCUACCCUGGGAACCUGAUCCCCGAGGCACUCCGGCUGCUGAGGCUAGGGGAUGCCCCCACCUCCCACUACCCUGUGACCCAAGCUGGAGAGAUAAUGGAGCUCUGAGUGCUGGUGGGAAGAUCCCUGCCUAUCUUCCGUCUUCCCCAAACCGAGAAGACCAGCAUCCCCACUAAGGCACCAGCUGUCCUGCUUAUUCUCCGGACCGGGCCUCUGGGCCACAGGACCUACCCCCAACAGAGGAGGACACUGAACCCCACGGAGCCCUGGGCCGGGAGGGGCAGGAGGAACCGGAGCAUGGGAAGGGAGGCAUUCCCCUCCGGAGAACCGAAUAAAGAUUGCCGAGCAACUGAA